AUGGAUGAGGUGCCUGUUAGUCCUGUACAAAGAAAGCGGAAAAAAUUUCGCCGAAAAUUAAGUUGCACUUUAGGAAGAACAUCAAAAACACCGGGAGACUUAAGCAAUACAGAAGAAUCUUUUCAACAAUCGGUGCACUGUUCAUCAAUUCAGAGACCUGUCCAAGAUGAUAAUGGGGAGCGGAAGCAGCCGUCAUUUUACUUCGAUGAUUGUAGUGAAAAUAUCGAAACAGUUACUGCAAACCCACUCGCAUCUGCUAUCCUGUUAGAAAAGGCUAGUGUCGUAGCGAUACCAAGUAAGGUACCAUCGGAAGAUUUCAUUUUUAACUCCAAUCAAGAUUUUAUCACCGUGGGUGAGUUAGCUAAACGGACUGGGGCUGACCGUUGCAUCGAAUCAGCACCGGGCGAAGCUAGUCAGAAUGUCGUUUCCAAUCCAGUUAGCUACAACUUUACACAGUUCGAAGUGGACACACAAUUGUUGGGGAUAUUCGACGCAGCUGCCCAAUUAUCUGCUUGUGAUUCAAACUCGUCCUGUGAUCGCACUCUAGUGCAAGCAAUAUUGGAUGAUUUUCGCUUAGAAGAUGCAGAAACAUGCUCCAUGGAGGUGGAUUUCUCUAUUAUCAAAACGGAGGGGCUACGUCGACGGUUGAUCCAAAUGCAACAUUUAAUCAACAGUCCACCGAAAACCGUGAAGCGACAGAAAGACUGCCGUCAGUAUGGCAAUGUAAAAAGAAACCCGAAACAAUCGAUAGCACGUCGGUUGUCGUAUGACACGGAUUCAAAUUCAUCGGCCGUUGGGCAACCAGCAUCUGACGACGAGACCACAUCCCCAACGGAAGGGAUCGCAAAUAACGAAAGUGACGACGAAACUUCGAUGGAUUGCGUCGCUCUAAACACAAGCGUUUACAUUCAGGCUAAUCUGACGCAGCUUUCUGCCUUUUUCUCGCAAUCUCCAACUGCUUUGAAUGACUCGAGCGAAGAGAAAAAGGGAAAUGAAGUCAAUUCGCAAAGUAUCGACCAAGAACCGUCGUUUCACGGGUUCGCGUCUCCUAUUUCGUUGGCGUCCGAGGUAGAGCAUUCUCCCAAAACAGAACGGAUGUAUUUUUACACGUUUGAUGAAUCCGACGGCGAGAAUAGAUGUCAUUCAUCAGACGACGAGACAUCACCACCGAUGGCUGAGCCUGUGGUGAUGGAGCACCUACUAGAAGACGAUGAAGAUCUGCUCAUGCUGGCUCAGCAUGUGGAAGAGAAGGCACGCGAUUCAUUACGAAAACCUGUCGAAAGAAUGCAUCGUUCUUACAGCACUGCUCUUGGUUCGUCGGUUAAUACAUCCGGAAUGACGCGUUCGGUAGCUGUUGCGGAACAAUUCGAGAUCAUGACCGAAAAAAAGGUAGAGUUCUUGAAUCUACAUCCAUUUGCAGGAGGUUUCAGCACGGCUAGGGGAAAAUCGAUUGCUGUAUCAGAAAAAGCCCUCGCAAGAGCUCAGAAUAUGUUGGCGGAAGAAGAAGAAAAGAUUCGUGAAGAAAACACGUUUGGGAACUUUAUUGUCGGAAAAGAUCAACCAUUUACUGGAGGUUUUAGUACUGCCAGGGGAUCGUCUAUUGCAAUAUCAGCGAAGGCUUUAGCAAAAGCUAAGCAAAUGUUAUCGGAGGAAGAAGCAAAGCUUGAAAAGGAAAGUGGAAUGAUAUCAAAUAGUCAUUUAAUGGAAGGUACACGUUGUACAUACAAUGCCGUAACGCCAUCGGUUCGGAAGGAUGCGUGGAUCGAAAACAAGAGAAACGACGGAACUGAAACUUCUUUCAGUGGAAACAAAUCCAUCACGGUUGACGCACCCAUCACCGCACAAAAGCCGUUUGAUGAGGAAGAAACUAAAGAAAAUAUCAGCAACAUUGUUCCUAUCAACACUGUUAGAGGUUUCAGCACGGCUAGGGGAAAAUCAAUUGCUGUAUCAGCAAAAGCCCUCGAAAGAGCUCAGAAUAUGUUAGCGGAAGAAGAAGAAAAAAUUCGCACCAAAAAUGAAGAUCAACCAUUUACGGGAGGUUUUAGUACUGCCAGGGGAUCGUCGAUUGCAAUAUCAGCCAAGGCUUUGGAAAAAGCUAAGCAAAUUUUAUCGGAGGAAGAAGCAAAGUUUGAAAAGGAAAAUGAUCGGUUUUUGAAAGAGUGCGAAACCCUUCGUAAACGCAAAAUUUCAUUCUCACAAGACGAACUUGUGGUGACGCCGACAAAAAAACUUCGCACGCAUCUACAGCUGUCGGAGAUGGCUUUGCAAUCCAGCACACCGUCUGCGGUUAAAGUCGAGAUCAAGGAAGAAGUUUCGUCCGAUGUAACAACAUCCAAGCCAGCAACUACGUGUGCUGUCGAGGAGUUUUUUGCUCAGCUGGACGAUCACGAGUUUCAGGAACUUUUCAGCGAUCACCGGCCGCAAAAUGUUACCGAGGUAGGAAAGAAGCAAAAUAAGCUGCUCGAAAAGUUUGAGCAAUGCUCCGACGCGCCGCCUGUAAAACCGGCCUUCAAAUCAUCGGAUUUUGACGAUAGUUUUUCGGAGAUUUCAACGAACGUUUCAAUGGCUGAAGCGCAGCAUCCGCAUGUGCCAGAUGAAGUGCAAAUCAAAAGGAUCCAGGAGUUGGAAAAACAACGUCAAUUGAUCGAAUCGAAACCCGAAGAAGCUUGCAGACCGCGGGUGUGCGAUUUUACCUGCAGAAAGCAACAGAAGAAUCGAAACGAUUUGCAGAAGACCCUCGGUGGAAAACCACCGAAAUUAGCACAAACAUCUAACUCGUCGAUGGGUAUAACACAAACAAAUGUUAUGCAGUUCCGUUUCCGCAUGGCGGACUACUAUGGGGAAUCGUUUUGCCAAACCAACACGUCGGGUAUUUCAAUCGGACUGGAUGGCGUCGACGGUUGCUUGAUAAUGGACAGAAACUCAACUGUCGGUGUGGAGGAGAUGAAGAUCGGAUUCCUUGCCUCACCCGGUGUCGAUCCACGGCUCGUGCCACCAGGAUGGAUCGAAAAUGCCUGGCGUUGGAUCGUCAUCAAACUGAGCGCGUACGAGCGUAAUUGUCGUGAGCACUUAAGCGGCUCACUGACACCGGAAAACGUGCUCGCACAGCUGCAUCACAGGUACCACGUGGAAAUUGAUGCCGCACGUCGCCCGGCCAUGAGAAAGAUACUGGAAAAGGAUGACGUUCCCAGUCGGCGAAUGGUGCUGUUUGUUUCAAAUAUUUACCACGGCAAUGGCCCGAUCGGUACGGAACUGGAGCUAUCCGACGGAUGGUACAGCUUGCGCACGGUAAUCGAUGUCCCGCUUGCAUCGGCCGUUCGAUCGGGUAAAAUUUUCAUCGGCAUGAAGCUGAUGGUUCAGGGUGCGGAGCUGCUGAAUCAUAACGACGCAUGUGGCCCGCUUGAAGUGCCACCGGACGUGCGGUUGAAGAUCACGGCCAAUUCCAGCCGGCGUGCUCGGUGGUACGCUAAACUGGGCUACUGUCGACAUCCGAUGCCGGUUCCGUUUGCGUGCAACAGUAUCCUCGCUGAGGGUGGAUUGAUUGUGCUUUUCCGAGCGAUCGUGAUCCGGUCGUACCCCAUGUUGUACCUUGAAUCCUUCGCGGACAAGGCACAGAAAUCGAUCAUGCGUUCCGAGCGACUGCAAUUAAGGUACAGCCGGAAAAGCGACGCUAGCCAGCUGGAAAAAUUGCACAAGCUGUACAAUCAGGUACAGCACGAUAUCGAAAAAGAACGAGCGGCUGAGAGGUUGACCAGAAACAUGCGAGUGACGACAAGUACCACAUCCGAAGAGUUGCAGGAGUACCUUGAGAAUGGUUUGGAUCUAUCCUUUGUCGACAUCGAUCUCACUCCAACGCAGCAGCACGUUAUCGAACGCUUCCAGCAACAACGGCAACAAGAGCUCGAACGUGAAAUCAAUCGCCGCGUAAAGGCUCUGCUAGAGAAGGACGCCAUUCGACCAAAAGUAUCGUCCUUGCUGAAAGUACGACUGAUCGAUUCCGUGCAGCCAGAACGAUCAUAUUUGCUUUCCAUUUGGCGCCCGUCCGAGGAAGUGUGCAGUGUGCUGCAAGAGGAAGCCUUCAUCGAGUUUGGCAAUGUCGCUGCCACCGGCAUGAAAACGGACGACGCCAUACAACUGACGGCAAAUGGUGACAACUGUACGUACAAAAGGCUAACACGUGGCCCCGAAUCUGUCCCUCCACAAGUGCCAUUUGCUCGCACCAUCACUUCGAUCGAUGCGAUCGAUCCAGCGAGCUUUCGGCCUGCCUUUGGGGAGUUCGAUACGAUCGGGGUCGUUGUGCAGAUCGUCACGAACGAGUCGGCCACCGGUCAAUCGGUGUACCUUGCCGAUACGGCAAUGAAUUUGCUGUGCGUACGUUUUAACCCCAACCUGGCGGGGUUCGCAUACGACGACGUCGUUCAGGAGCAAGCGGUACUGUACGUGACAAAUCUUCAGUGGCGCACACGUAGCUGCCAUACACUCGGAGUUCCGCACUGCUUUGCUACCUAUUUCACGACGUGCGUGGUAAAACCGGUACACGGUCGCGCACGCUCCGAAUGGGACCGCUUCCAGGUGCAGCUUGAGGCUAUAGACCGGGAGGAUUUCUUCCGGCGCUGUCAGGAGAAGGUAGGUGAUCUACCGAACACGAGCGGUGUGUCCUCAGCCGGCAACAUCACCCCGAAUGCGUCGGGAAGCGGGACACCGUUCCGACAGCAAACGUUAGUCGUUGGUUUGCAACACUCAACUCCGAUCGGGACGGGCGUCAGUGCAAUGAAACGGAAGAUAAACCGGCUUGCGUCGAUGUACGGAAGCCCACCGAAGCUGUCCCCCAUCGCGGUACGUCGCAAUCCGGUCCUCACCAAAGGGUUCAAAACUCCGGGCAGACUGGAGGAUCAAACCUGACGCGAACCUGAGUUGAACCAGGAGUGCAGCAAAAAAAAAAGACCGUGUGUCUCUGGUAAGUGAACCGAAGCGAAGGUGGCUGUUACGUUUUAAUUCUUGUUAAAGUCGAAUGUUUAAUCUGUUGAAAUAUAACACAUGUUUUCCGUCCA